AUGGCAGCAACACGUGGAGCGCCGAGAAUCGAGGCGGCGAAAGUUGUCGGAUACGAAUUCGACGAGGUCAGUGCGUCGCGUCGCUCGUCCACAGGACGAUUCGGUCCCAGCUCGCGUGAAUUCGACCGAUGGGGAACGAGCGAGUCGCAACCACCUCCGUUCUCGAAUGACCAAUCAACAUCCCUCGCUCCCGUCGCUCUCAGUUCAUCGCUCUCAGUUCGUCGCUCUCACUUCAUCGCUCUCGUUACUCAUUGCUUGCGUUCUCAUACCCCCGUACUCGAUACUCCUAAGAAUUCAGGCAGCAUUCUUCUUUCUAUUCGCUCUUCAUCCCGUCAUCGCUCAUCAUCCAUUCUCAUUCACGGCUCCACCGAUCAACCCCCUCCACGCAUCUCCGUCCAUCCUCUUCAAAUAUUUCCGUUCACCCCCCUCUCCCUGUCGUCGCUUGCCAACCGCCGCGCGUGCACACGUGGAUGGCUUCUAUUGGGCCCCAUGCGCCGCCGCUAUACCCGGGACGUCUUCCAGACGGAAUAUGAGUACUCUGAGAAGGACGUGGCACUAUACGCGUUGGGCGUUGGGGCAUGCUCGUCUGACGCGUGUGAUUCUAUCGACCUGCCCUUCGCCUAUAAUCACCUCUUCCAGGAUCGAUUCUUGGCCCUCCCCACCUUCGCGGUUCUCUUCCCCUCCUCCCUCAUUGAGCAACUGCUUGCCGUCGAUGGGCUCGUCUUCGAUCCUGCUCUACUGCUGCACGGGGAGCAGUACUUGCGUCUCUUUCGGCCCCUGCCCACCACCGCCAAGGUGGUAAAUCGGGCGCGCAUCUCAGCCCUGAAGGACAAGGGCGGGGCGGCCAUAGUGGAUGUGGAGACGGUGUCAUUCGACCGCGAGUCAGGAGCCAGGCUGGCGGCCAACAGGUCAUCCAUUGUGCUACGCGGUGCCGGGGGCUUCUCCUCCAAACCUACCUCCACCUCCACGAACCCAUCUCCACCACAGCAGCAACCACCACAACCACAGCCAGCACGGGGCAGUGCAGCAGCCACCAGACAGCAGCCAUCCGCUCGCCCGCCACCCCACGCAGCAACACAGGAGUGCAUCCCGCCCAAUCAGGCGCUGCUGUACCGCCUCUGUGGGGACCUCAAUCCCCUCCACUCCGACCCUGAAUUCGCCGCCACUGCAGGCUAUCCUCGCCCGAUCCUGCAUGGCCUCUGCACGCUUGGCUUCGCCACCCGAGCCAUCCUCCGAACCUGCUGCUGCGGCGACCCGAGCCUCUUUCACAGCGUGCAGGUUCGGUUCACGGGGCAUGUGUUCCCCGGCGAGACCCUCAUCACGCGAACCUGGCAGCCGGUCUUCAUACCAGCAUCAAGCGCAGCAGCGGAAGAAGAGUCAGCAGGUUUGGGAAUGCAGGGUAUGGGAGAGCAGCCGUUGAGGCGGGUGAGUUUUGAGUGUUGGAUUGCAGAGCGCAACAAGAUGGUGCUGUCGGGGUGGAUGCAGCUGCAUGCUGACAAUGCAGGGACAGGCAGAGAGGCCAUGGGCAAUGAUGGCUCCCCCAGGCCACGCUUGUAG